AUGUUUAAUAACAACGAAGAAAAAAUUCCAUUAAAACCUAAUUUAACUACUAAUGAGGAAAAUCAUCAAAUUGUUGAAUAUUUUAAUUUAGAAACAAGUAUUCAAACAAUUAAUUGUGCACAUUCUUUUGGUGAUGAUGUUUCAUUACAUGUUGCUAUUUGUUCUGGAUUAAAUAAACCAAUUCCAAUAUAUCUUACUAAUAAUGCAUUUAAAUCAUUAAAAUUAACACCUUAUAAUCAAUCGCAAAUUAAUGAAAUACAAAAUAUAAUAGAAGAAAAUUAUAAUUUCUUUGAUCCAUCAAAUAAUGAUAAUAUAAAUUGGUGUUUAUCUGGUCCUGAUAUGAUCGAAAAACGUAAACGAUUUCGAGAACAAAUUGAUUUAUACAAAACUUAUGAUAAUCAAAACCAUUUAAUAACAAAAUUGUUAAUUGAAAUUACUGAUUAUUAUUUAAAAGAAUAUUUAAGAGAAUAUGAAUCUUUUUCUGAUAAGACAAUAAAACAGAUUGAUCAAAGUUUUAAACAAGCAAUUGAAGAACAAAAUUAUAUUAAAUAUUUUAUAGAAAUAUAUUCAUCACCAAGCAAUUGUUUUUAUAAAGUUUUAAAUAAACAUCUUGCUCUAUAUAUCUUAGAUUAUUUUGAUAUUAAUUAUAGUUCUCCACCAGAAAAAUAUCGUUUAAUUAAUUGUUUAGUACAUAUUGUUACAUUAUUAAUUAAUCAUCCGGAUAUACAUAAACAUCAAUAUAAAGGUCUUGUUUAUCGUGGUGUAAUAAUGACAAUUAAUGAGUUAGAACACUAUACUAUUGGUAAUUAUAUAUUAAAUCGAUCAUUUUUAUCUACAUCUAAAACAAUAGACGUUGCUCUAUUAUUUGCUGAACAAAAUGGAAAUGAUAAUCAUGAUCAAUCAAAAGCAUCAGUUUUAUUGACAUUUAAAAUUCAACAGACUAAAACAGCGAUUGAUAUUGAAAAGAUGUCAAAAAUAUCCGCUGAAGAGGAAGUAUUAAUUUUACCUUUUUCAGUAUUCAAAGUGAAAGAUAAAACUGAAUAUAUUGAAAAUAAGAAUGUAAAUAUACAGUAUGAAAUUGAAUUAGAAGAAUGUAUAGAUGAUGAUGAUGAUGAUGAUGAUGAACAAGUAAUUCCGAAACAACGAAUAAGUAAUUUUGAAAAAUAA